AUGUUAGGCCGAGGGCUGAGGAGAGGUUUUUCAACCGCUCGCUAUCUCUUACAAAAUUUGGAGGAUGCCAGGAAGUCGACACUGACUGCGAUUGUUGACCAGUUCAGGGAACCUGUCGCCUAUGCCGCCGGUUAUGGCAGCGGGGUCUUCAGUCAGGGCCUAGCCCAGCGUAACUCGAAUACGCAAAUCGAUCUGAUACUCGGGGUCCAAGACCCGGAAAAGUGGCAUGCUAAAAAUAUCGAAGCUAACCCGACGCACUACUCGGGGCUGAAAUACUUUGGUCCCUCGUUUAUUACUUUUGUUCAGGACAAACUAGGUGCCGGGGUGUAUUUCAACCCGUUCUGUUCUAUCAACGGUGUUAAAGUCAAGUACGGUGUCGUGUCCAUCGAUCGCAUGCUUGAUGAUCUUCAAAACUGGCGCACAUUGUACUUGGCCGGUCGAAUGCAUAAACCUUUGCAGAUACUACGAUCUGACGAUCGGAUUGAUAGUGCCCAAAAAGUGAAUCUGAUAAGUGCCAUGAGUUUGGCGCUCAUGCUACUCCCAAAAAUAUUUAGCGAGCGCGAUCUUUACAUGAAGAUCACCAGCAUUUCUUACAUGGGCGAUGUGCGAAUGGCGAUUGCCGAGAACCCCCGUAAGAUCCAAAACAUUGUUGACAAUCAGUUCAAACAUUUCCGUCGACUCUAUGGUCCAAUAAUGAAUCAUUUCGAUCUGGACAUUACCGGCUCUAUAGAUCCCCUGGCCAGCUUGGGACCAGAAGCCAAGGGGGCAGCUUUUGAGCACAACGGCUCAUUUGACAAACUGCGCAAGACUCUGCCGCCCUAUUUCGAGCAAAAGCUUUCGAAAAGCCCAUUCAGUCAACAACUGGUCACGUCGGCAGUGCGUAAUACUGUCAAGUGGCCAUCUUUUACCCAAUCUCUAAAAGGCAUCUUGACCGCAGGGGUUGGCCGCUCUGCUGCGUAUUCUGUAGAGAAACUAAAAAAACGCUGGUCGUAA